GCCAGCCAAAGCUUUUUUUUUUUCUCUCUCCACAUGUCUCCGUCCAUCUAUAUAUAUACAGCAGCUCAACCAAAUAACAGCAAACAACACUAUUUUUUAACUGUCGUUUAAUAUCACACUCAACAAUUAUGGAUGUUAAAGCCAACGGCCCGAACGGUCAGCUACCGGGUCGGGUUCCUCCUCCCUCAAACAAGAUGGUAACGCCGCUGUUAACGGAUCUCUAUCAGUUCACCAUGGCUUAUGCUUACUGGAAAGCCGGCAAACACGACGAACGCGCCGUGUUUGAUUUGUAUUUUAGGAAGAAUCCGUUCGGCGGAGAGUAUACAGUGUUUGCUGGAUUAGAUGAAUGCAUAAGGUUUCUUGCUAAUUUCAAAUUGACUGACGAUGAAAUUUCAUUUCUACGCCAAACUAUGCCUUCUUGUGAGGAUGAGUUCUUCGAUUUUCUUAGAGGACUUGAUUGCUCUGAAGUUGAAUUGUAUGCUAUUGCAGAGGGGAUGGUCGUCUUCCCAAAAGUUCCUUUGAUAAGAAUUGAAGGGCCACUAGCUGUGGUUCAAUUGCUGGAAACUCCAUUUCUGAAUCUUGUUAAUUUUGCAUCAUUAGUAGCUACAAAUGCAGCAAGGCAUAGAUUUGUUGCUGGAAAAUCAAAAUUACUAAUGGAAUUUGGACUCCGGCGGGCUCAGGGACCUGACGGUGGACUAAGUGCGUCAAAGUACAGCUAUCUUGGAGGAUUUGACGCAACAAGCAAUGUUGCAGCUGGGAAGUUAUUUGGGAUCCCUCUUCGUGGAACACAUUCCCAUGCUUUUGUUAGUUCAUACAUGAGCCUUGAUGAGAUAGUAGACAAAUCACUCCAGAGCUCUGACGGCUCAAGUAGCUGUGAGGAUUUUGUUGGUUUGGUUCAGACAUGGUUGAGCAAAAUCCAGCGGUCAAAUUCAUUGCGUGGUGUUUUUGGUGAGACCAAUCAAAGUGAGCUAGCAGCCUUCACAUCAUAUGCUCUGGCAUUCCCCAAUCAAUUUCUAGCUCUUGUAGACACAUAUGAUGUCGUGAGAAGUGGAAUUCCCAACUUUUGUGCUGUUGCUCUGGCCCUCAAUGAUCUGGGCUACAAAGCAGUAGGCAUUAGGCUGGACUCUGGUGAUCUAGCAUAUUUGUCGUGUGAGGUCCGGAAGUUCUUUCGUGCCAUUGAGAAGGACUUUGGAGUGCUUGAUUUUGGAAAGACCAGCAUUAGUGCUAGCAAUGAUCUGAACGAGGAGACAUUAGAUGCUUUAAACAAGCAGGGUCAUGAAAUGGAUGCAUUUGGAAUAGGCACGUACCUUGUCACUUGCUAUGUUCAAGCUGCUUUGGGCUGUGUCUUCAAGCUUGUUGAGAUCAACAAUCAGCCCCGCAUCAAACUUUCUGAAGAUGUUACUAAGGUCUCUAUACCAUGUAAAAAGCGGAGUUAUAGACUAUAUGGCAAAGAAGGAUUACCCCUGGUGGACAUUAUGACCGGGGAAAACGAACCACCUCCCAAGGUGGGAGAACGGAUACUCUGUCGCCAUCCAUUUAAUGAAUCAAAAAGAGCAUAUGUGGUUCCACAGAAAGUUGACGAGCUGAUGAAGUGUUAUUGGCCAGGGAAAUCAGGUAAAGAAAGAGAAGAAUUGCCUCCGCUUAAGGAUAUCAGAGAGCGUUGUAUAAAUCAGCUUGAGAAAAUGCGGCCAGAUCAUAUGAGAAGGCUAAACCCAACGCCCUACAAAGUGAGUGUAAGUGCAAAACUAUACGACUUCAUUCAUUUUCUAUGGCUCAACGAGGCACCUGUUGGGGAGUUGCAAUAAGGAUCGGGGGAGAAGAAUUGUGUGGCGCACUCUACAAUAUGCAGGUCUAUAAACGAUUUCAGAAUAAUUGGAGGAAACAAAUUACGUACGAUGCCUUUUCCCGUCCCGAUCUUUCUUGUUAAAAGGAAGAGAAAAGGGCUGCUUCACACAGUCAACAUAUAGAUAAGGGUUUUCUUAUUCAUUUUACAAUAAUGCGUACCAGUUUUUGGGUUGUAUAAACUAUUUGUUUUCUUAGUUUUAAUAAAAAUAAGUGGUUGUUUUGCUUC